AUGUCGCUGGACCAGGAGCUCGAGGAACUGCAAGAGCAUUCAGACCUCGCCGACGACGAAGACCUACAUAGCCUCCUUCUGCCUGAGGACGACCCUCUCCUCGACAACAGCUUUGACGAUGCAGACGACGCACAUGCCGCAUCGACCGUACCAUGUCCAGCUAGCCGUUCGCCCUCCCCUAAUGAAUUUGUUGACGCAUCCCCUACCGAUUCCGUUGACGACCAAGACGCCGACUCCUGGGCGACUGAUAGCGACGCCUCCAGCUGGGACGAGGAAUCUUGCAACGAUGAUGAUCCGACUGACGUCUCCUUCUCUUCCGAUCCUCGUUUUGUCGACUUCGGCUGGGGGGAUGAAUGCUUACGUGAAACAGAAGAUAUUGAUUUCGAUUUCGUUUACGCACUACACAAUUUUGUUGCGACGGUGGAAGGCCAAGCAAAUGCUAUCAAGGGGGACACCAUGGUGUUGCUAGAUGACAGCAAUAGCUACUGGUGGCUUGUGAGGAUUGUCAAGGACAGCAGUAUAGGAUACCUCCCCGCUGAGCACAUCGAAACGCCGACAGAAAGAUUAGCAAGGCUAAACAAGCAUCGAAAUAUCGAUUUAUCUGCGACCAUGCUCUCAGAUAAUGCGGAGAAAUCAAAGAACCCGCUCAAGAAAGCCAUGCGUCGGAGAAACGCGAAGACGGUCACCUUCACAGCGCCGACCUACGUAGAAGCCUCCGAUUACGACUACUCUUCCGACGAGGAAAGCGACGAGGCUCGUCCGAUGACCAAUGGCGAAAUCCAAGCGGCGAAACAGCAGAACGGCGAAUCUGUCGAUCAGGACAGGGUCUCGGCUGUGGAACCUUUGAAGGUGAGCGGUAAGGAGGACGCCGAUGCGGAAGUCGUCCGCCGUGCAGAGAACCGAGAGGACGAAGUCCAGGGACGACGGCGAGCGAGCGAUGAGGUGUUUGACCGAAUGGACGCCAAAGUAUCGCGAAACGGGACAGUACGCAACACCGACUCGUUCUUCAAGGACGACAACGUUGAAACUCGGAAGAUCACGCUCACGCCCAACCUGUUACGCGACGAUUCCAGCACUUCCACUGUAUCAAGCAAGGAGCGAAUGUCAUCAAGCCUUGAAAGCCUGGACAAAGAUCGUGUCUCCGUCAAAGCCAAGGACGACAAGAAAAAGAAGGAGAAGAAACCGGGCAUGCUCAGCGGACUCUUCAAGAAGAAAGACAAAAAGACGAAGAACCAGGACACUGAGUCAAGCGACGAAAAGCGAUCCGGAGAAUCUGAGAGAAGCUCCCCACAGUCUUCGAAGGCAUCUGAGGAGUCGUUGCUUGCCGAGAGAACGCUCUCGCUUGAUAGUGAUAACGGUCAGCCGCCGUCGAGACAAGGCAGUAAAGGGAAGCUGCAGAAACCUCGUGGCGAUACCUCGUCUCAGGAGACCAAGCCAGACGCAGAGGCUGCAAGCCCGCAGGAAGCAAACACAACAAGCACGAUCUCAAACGGCGCUGUCGAUUCAACCAUGCGCCUUGUGACACCAGAGUCCGAGCAGGCCGUAGAAAAACCAGCACCACUGAAAGCCGCGUCCCCUCGGUCGGGACAUGCUCACCAGUUGUCAGGCGGGAUGCGCAAGCUAAACCCUAUUCAUGUUCUGCGGACCUCGGACCCAGAGGAGAUGAAGGUGAAGCGCGAGAAGCUGAAGAAGGCCAAGCAGCGCAUGGAGCUCGACAUCGAUUCGUCACCCGACGUGGAGAGACUAGAGGAGGAUCCUUUUGCAGACCACAUCGAAGGGUGGAAGUCUCACGAGCAUGAGUCGACGGCAACGGAGGUGGCUGCGGAGCGACUGUCCGACUCUCCAGUGCACGUUUCGCCGAUCGAUGUGGAAAACCUCGAGGCGGACGUAAGCCAACCUCCCGCGCUCGUCGGCGAUGAUUCCAGUCAAGAAGACCAGGAAGUAUCGCCAGUGUCGCCAGUGUCGCCCAGCACAACACCGCCACUUCACGAGCCCAUCUCAACGGAACCGCACCCAGCGUCUGCCGCCACAUCCUCAAGUGCUACACCCGGAAACUCUCAAGGCGCCAUUCCUCCCCCGCCCGCCCGACCAGCACCAAUACCGCGAACCGCAUCCGCCGCAUCAGACGCCCCUCGCAGCGCAAGCGUCACAGCGCACAGUCAACUCACACCGACUUCCCCCCUCUUCGCCACAAAAGGCAAAACGCCCUCCCCCGCGCCGCCGUCCCCGUCCUCGCCCAACACGCUCUCUCCCACCACCUCGAAUCAAAGCACGCUGCCGCCCUGGUCGGACGCUUCACUCCGCCACUACCUAGACGACGGCAGCGACAUCAGGGAUAUGCUGAUUGUGGUUAACGAUGUUAGUGGCGUUGUGCCGGUGGGCCCACAGCAUCCGCUCAUGGCGGGCUUGUGGGUCGAGGAGAGGGGGAAGUUGGGCGUGCUUGAGAGGGAGCUGGAUGGGUUGUUGAGUGGGUGGUUGGAGAGGAAGGGGGGCAGGGGGGCUGUGGCAGUGCGGCCAGUGAGCGCUGGGAAGGAGAAGGGCGGUUGA